GGAAGGCUUGAACAAAAUUCCAACUUCCAGCAGCCGCGUGUCUCCCUGGAGUUCGGAUGGGAUACAUCUGUGACUGUAUUUCGUUAGGAUAUGGAAAUAUGACUGAAACUGACACGGGGCCAUAAUUUUAUUUGAGUGAUUUUUAUGGGAAAUAAAUACGUUUCAACACAGUCUGUAACGUCGCUUUUCACAACAGCUCAACAAUUUGGACCAGAUACGGGAACAUGGAUUACGGUGUGAACUGGAGAGACGAACCCUAACGUUACUUGGAGGAUUCGACUGCUGUCUAUUUGCUGGGAUCUAUAGCUUUCGAUGUGUGCACUAAAGGAUUGUCACCUCUUGUGUGAAGUGAAAUGAUGGCGUCACGUUGGAAAGGUCCAUUCGAUGAAGAGGAGAGACUGACCAGACCCUCUUUGUGCAAGAAUGACGUGCCAGAGUGGGGUGAUUCCCCUGCAGGCCUGUUCAACCUGCAGGGAGAGGAGGAGCCCUUCUCGUGGCCGGGUCCCAAGACUAUCCAUCUGCGGCGCACUUCUCAGGGCUUCGGCUUCACCCUGCGCCACUUCAUUGUCUACCCACCAGAGUCUGCAGUGCACCCUUACCCCUUCCCAGAGGAAGAGCAUGGACGCAGAGGGAGACAACGGAACAGGCUGGAGCCAAUGGACACCAUCUUUGUGAAGCAAGUGAAGGUGGGUGGUCCUGCCGACGGAGCUGGACUCUGCACAGGAGACCGGAUAGUAAAGGUAAAUGAAGAAAGUAUCAUUGGGAAAACGUAUUCUCAGGUCAUAGCCUUGAUCCAAAACAGUGAUGCCUUUCUUAAACUCUGCGUGAUGCCAAGAGAUGAAGACAUACUGCAGCUGGCCUACUCCCAGGAUGCGUACCUCCGAGGCCGCAGUGCCUACAGUGGAAUUGCCCGUCACAUCCCCGAACCUCCCAUAUGUUACCCCAGAGUAGACUGUAAGCCCCCGGGGAUGGCCCAGGCUACAGAGACCCCCUCCCCAGUGGGGGUACAGGGAGCAUGCCGGGGGCAUGUGGGGGCACCACCACCCGACCUGGGGUACCGCAUAGAGAUCCCCAUGCCCCCGUCCCCUCCUCCUGCACACCCGUACUCCAAAUCCCAGACUGUGGCAUGCAUGCGCAACAACAGCGUGAGGACUGUGGUAGUUCCUCCAGAACUGGGCCAUAUGGGACCAGCUCAUAGAGUAGAGUACGGCCUGGUAGGGCCCUCUGACCCUGGCGUCAUCAGAGGGCGACCUGGGUCUGUGUCCCACUACCCCGUGCCACGGAAAACAGACAUCUACCCCUCUGGUGCGAGCCGCCUCAAUUAUGGCGCCCCACCACCCCACUACCCACCCAACUCAAACUCCCCCAACCCCGGCUCUCACCAAAACAUCGACUGGCGGACGUACCAGACGUACAGGGAGUACAUCGACAACAAGGGUAUCCAUGCAUACGGCAGCCGGACCAUCCAGGAGAGACUAGACAGCCUGCGAGCCGCCAGUCAGAACACCUUCAACUCCACCCACUACAUCCCCCGAGGGGGCUGGGGGCCCGACCCCAAGGGUCUCCGACGCAGGAGCACCUCCCACGACCGUGCCUACCACGGACCCCCGCCCCCUUUCCACCACAUGCCCCCUCGCAGCUCUUCCCAGGACCGUAUGAGUGUGGCGGAGCGGGGGGUCCACCCCAGGAACUGGCCCCCUCGUAGCGUGUCCCAGGAUGAGUUUACCCACAAGGCCCGGGCCCGCUCCUCUGACUAUGUGGACCCUGUCAAUCUGGGCCGUCCCAUGGUGGACAGACGGGGCUACGGUAGCAGGGCGGACCAGGGUACAUGCCCAAGCAGGCAGAGCCUCUCCAAACAGGCUGCCCAUCAUCGACCUCCUGCAGGAUACGGUAGGGACAGUCUCCGGGUGGGGCCCAUGUCUAACCCUGCCCUCCACACUAAAGGACCAGAGCAGCACCAGCCUCACAGUGCCCCUAACAUGCUCAAAGACAGACCCUCUCAUCUGGGGAAGAAUCUAAGCUUGGAGCAAUCCAACACUGAUGAAAGAGCUGGUGUCAAAGGUGUGAACCAUGUGAGCCAGAGUAGGGGACCGGCAGAGACCAUGCAGCAACCAGGGGAGGUGCCAGGGAGACAGGUGGCAGCGGUGGUUGGCCGUAGGUCCUCUUCCCUCUCCGCUCCCCAUCAGAGACCGCAGAAGCUUGGGACUUUCAAAACCUCUUACCAGCACCCUCGCCCAGAGCCCCAAGUGAACGGGCGUGGCCCCUCAGCCCCCGAGUCAGGCGUGGUGCUCAGGGAGAAGCCUCCUGGGUCGGGGAAGAAUCCCAGUCCCCUGCGCCACCCUUCCUACAUCCUGGCGGUGAACGAGGACGACAGCUCGGAACAGGCAGCGGGUGCGGUGUGCUGGCUGCCCAACGAUGCGCGGCGGGAGAUGCACAUGCGGCGGCUGAGCGAGAAGCAGGAAAAGCACCAGACCUGCUCCUCCAGCAACCUGGACGAAUCCCUCGACUCCAUCCCCUUCAUCGAUGAGCCGGCUAGCCCUAGUGUUGACCAUGAGGCCACGUCCAUUCCUGCUUCCGCCGUGAUAUCUGUCGCUCCAGCCAUAACUACAGCCCCCCCUAGCCCAAGCUCCUCCCCGUACCCUCUCAUGCGCCGACAGCUGUCACAUGACCAAGAGUCUCUCAGAAAUGCUAUUCUGGAUUCUGAUGCCGAGACCAAACAAGAGCGGUCCAAAUCCUGCGACGAGGGUCUGGAUAACUACAGAGAGGAAGGCAGAGGCCGGUCAAACAGUAAACACAUGCCCAGUCUGAGAGGCCUGAGGAAGGCUCUGGAUGGACACAAGUCAUCUGAUGACUCCGGUUCCAGAAGGGACUCCUCUUCAGAUGUAUUCAGUGACUCUUCUAAAGAAGGCUGGCUCAACUUCAGGCAGAUCAACACUGAGAAGAGCAAGCGUGGGGGUUCGAGGUCGUGGAAGCAGAUGUAUGCCGUGCUGCGAGGCCACGGCCUCACGCUUUACAAGGACAAGAAGGACGGCGUCUCCCACGCUUCCUCCCACUCCCAGUCCGACGACGACCCACAGCCAAUCAGUGUCAAGGCCUGCCUGAUUGACAUCUCCUACAGCGACACGAAACGGAAGAACGUGCUGCGUCUGACCACGUCAGACUGCGAGUAUCUGUUCCAGGCUGAGGGCAGGGAUGACAUGCUGUCAUGGAUCCGAGUCAUCCAGGAGAAUAGUAAUCUGGAUGAUGAGAAUGCUGGUAUAACCAGCCAGGACCUGAUCAGCAGAAAGAUCAGAGAGUACAACACCAUGAUGAGUGCCCCCAGCAGCAAGACUGAGCCCUCCCCCAAAACCUCCCGGCAGUCCCUCAGUAUCAGACACACCCUCCUGGGGGUGAAGGGAGAGGGCAAGGGCCAGAGCCCCCACUCACCCAAAACAGGAGAGAGAGAUGAAUCCAGUCCUCCACGGGAUAAGGCUGCCUGGAGGAGGGGCAUCCCCGGCAUCAUGAGGAAACCCUUUGAGAAGAAGAGCACUGCUGGGGUAACCUUUGGGGUGCGCCUCGAUGACUGCCCACCUGCACAGACCAACAGGUUUGUUCCCCUCAUCGUGGAUGUGUGCUGUAAGCUGGUAGAGGAAAGAGGGCUAGAGUACACUGGGAUCUACAGAGUACCAGGAAACAACGCUGCCAUCUCCAGCAUGCAGGAGGAGCUGGACAGUAAAGGACUGAUGAGUGACAUCGACAUCCAAGAAGACAAAUGGAGGGACCUCAACGUGAUCAGUAGUUUACUGAAAUCCUUCUUCCGGAAACUUCCAGAGCCCCUUUUCACAAAUGAAAAAUAUGCAGAUUUUAUUGAAGCCAAUCGAACAGAAGACUCAGUGGAGAGGUUAAAAGAACUCAAGAGGCUGAUUCUUGAAUUGCCUGAUCAUCACUAUGAAACCCUCAAAUUUCUCUCUGGACACCUCAAGUUGGUCUCUGAAAACUGUGAGAAAAAUAAGAUGGAGCCUCGUAACUUGGCCAUCGUGUUUGGUCCAACCCUGGUCAGAACCUCGGAGGACAACAUGACCAACAUGGUCAACCACAUGCCAGACCAGUGCAAGAUAGUGGAGAACCUCAUUCAGCAGUACGACUGGUUCUUCACUGAGGGGGACGAUGACCCUGUUACCUCAGUGGAACAAGAGAGCACAGUGCAGUCUCAGCCUGUGCCCAACAUCGACCACCUGCUGUCCAACAUCGGCCGGACCACAACCACCUCCUCGCCUGGGGAAGUCUCAGAUUCAACGUGUAGUGACUCCUCCAAAUCAAAGCAGGGCUUGUGGGGGUCUGGGAAGGACCAGUGUAGCAGGGAGAUGCUGCUCUCUUCUUUCUUUGUCAGCCGCAAGCGUAAAAAGCCCAAGGACAAGACUCAGCCCAGCAGCUCUGACGACGACCUGGAUGCCGUGUUUGAUAAGAAGGAGGAGCCAGAGCCGAGCCACCAGGCCCUCCACCCCACCUGGUCCCCAGAGAGCCAGACAAAAGAGGAGGAGGAGAGGGAUGUCGAGGACGUCAGCGAGAGAGGGGUACAGCCUGGGGACAGGUUCCAAACCAACGGGAAAGAGUCCCGUUCAGACAGCCUCAUGUCUCAGCCCUCUCCCAAACACACCCCCAGCUUCCGUACAUCCUCCAUCUGCUCCCCCUAUGCCUCACCGUCCCGGUCCCCCAGACUUGGCUACCGCAGCCAGGUAGCACACCAGUCUUCCCUGUCGGACCCUCCCUCCAACUAUGACGAGGUCUCAGACCUGGGCACCAUGGACAGCACCAGCUCCCAGGCAUCUGUCACAGGUCCCAGGGUGAGACAUGGCAGGACGGGGGGCUUGGGGCCAGAGACUGGGGCCAGCGGCCUAGGGGCAGAGGUCAGCUCCAUCACCUCAGACUACUCCACCACCUCCUCCAUGACCUUCCUGACAGGGGCCGAUCUGAGCACGCUCAGUCCAGAGGUUUGCUCGGUGGCUGAGAGCAGGGGAGGAGACGACGCUGAUGAUGAGCGUAGUGAGCUGAUUAGUGAGGGCCGGCCCAUGGAGACGGAUAGUGAGAGUGACCUAUCAGUUUUUGUUGGGGGCGGGAAGGAAGCAGGGCCGGUGGAGAAGAUCUGCCAAUCAGAUGUGUCGGAUGCCCCCAGGCCCCUCCCCUCCCACAGACUCAUUGAAUGUGACACUCUCUCCAGGAAGAAGUCAGCAGCGCGGCAGAAGACUGACAGCGAGUCCUCAUUGGACGGAGGGCGGAGUGACAAGGACUCCACUAGGCUGUCUUGUGUUCCGGGGGCAGUUAAGGUGCGUUCCAUUGACAGCCUUAGCUCCUCCUCCCGCAGCGAGUUGGAGUUGGGGGCUGAGCCUACGUGGCGUCUCAAAAUUACAGACCGGCUGAAGUUCCGUCUGCUGACGUCCGUAGACGACAUGUUCGGGGUGGGUACCCAGCGGAGCCGCUCUCCAGAGGGACGCAGGGAAAAGAAGAAGAACAUCAGACGCAGACACACCAUGGGAGGCCAGAGGGACUUUGCUGAACUGUCUGUGAUGGGGAACUGGCAGGAGGGCGGGGGCUCGCGGGCGGAGCUGUCGGCCGUGGACCGGCUGAAGCCAAAGUGUUCUUCCCAGGACUUCUCCAUCCGGGAGUGGAUUGCCCGCGAGCGCCACCGCACCUCCAACCCCGAGGUCAGCCUGGACUUCACUGAACACCAGGGUGCGCCGCUCCUCUUCCGCAGCCCCGACCCCAACCAGGCCCAGGAGGCUCUGUCGUCGUCCCUCUCAGAACCCCUCUCACCACGCCCGGCUCCAGCUGCGCUACUGAACGGAGACGCAGGCCCCCAGAAUAAAAGCCUGAGCCUGUCGGCCACUGCACACCCACACAAACUCUCUGGUGCCCAGGUGGUCCACUCUCGCUUCUACCAGUACCUGUGAGAGGGGGUGUCGUCUGUCUGUGAGAUGUGUAUGUGUUUGAUCGUCUGUGUCUGAGACCCAUGGAUGUGGGUGAUUUAUUUUGUAAUUGACCGGUGAGCAUGUUCAGGUACUGUGAAGUGACUUCUGAGUGUGUGUGUGUGUGUGUACGAAGAGUCUGUUUGGUGGUGUGUAUGUUUGUACUCUUAGAAUGUUUACUUCACAGGGGUGGUUUGUGUUACUCGACACGGCAUGGAACAAAACAUUCAAUUGAUGUAGGUAUAUUUUCUCCAUUUUCAUGACAAAUGAAAGAGUUUGGGAUGGGCGUUGGGGAAGAGAUAUCGUCACUCCUAACAGAAAUUCCUGUUUUGCUGAAGGUAGUGACUCGAGGGCCUCUUGCUCAUGGAUAAACUGAUGAGUCUGAUGGUUGAUUGGUGUAAGGAAGUGUAAACAUGGCUGGCGUUAAAGAUUGUGAAAAGGUUAGCUAAGUGGCUUUACGAUACAGUAACUGACUUAGUAGGAUGACUAGGAGGUACAGAGAACGUUUGUAAAAGUAUUGCAGUGGAGCUGUGUUUGUUGUAAGAGGGUCUGUUGGUUAAAAGUGAGUCCUUCAGUAACCAAAUGAAGAAUGUACAACGUGCUUGCUGUAAUACUGACUGAAGCUUUAGUUGCUUGUGUUCUCAUUUGAAAUUGUACAUAUCCCCCCUUUCUCUCUCUCUCUCUCUCCUCUCUCCUCUCUCUCUCUCUCUCUCUCCUCUCUCUCUCUCUACUUGAAGGGAGCUUUUAUUUUCGGGGUAGCCUGUGUUUUGGACUGCCAUAUGUGCUCUAUUUCCGCCGUCAAGUGGCCUCAAGGUGCAUUUUGACAAGAAGACACUGGACUAACGACGUCAUGAAAAUACGAGAAUUACUUUUUAUUCCACCAUUUUAAGUGAUAGAAAAGGAGCAGUAAACAACUACUUCCCUCUAUUGCAAUAUGCUGUGUAUUUGUUGAUAUGCUUGUGGUUUCAUGCUUCAGUCAGUUACUGACAUCAGACUGCUGCGAAAUUAUCGAGAGGGAGAAGAAAUUGAAUAAUCAAAUCUGAAAUCAUGUUUCUUCGCAAUAGAAAGUGCCUCGAAUGAACUGUAAAGGGUGCAAUAUCGUCUUUGUUGAGAUGCAUAAAGAUGUUACUACGAAUGCCAUUUUUAUCGUUGACUAACACUGUCAUUCUACAGGUUCUGUCUUACACGGAGAAGAACGCUGGGCUUCCAUUCCUUAGGCAUUCCACUCUGGUCUUAACAUGUUUUAUACUUUUCUUUUUCCUUUUUUUUUUUUGCAUUUUGGAUUUUAACACAACUUGAAUUUUAAAUAUUUCUGUAAAAAAAAAAAGAGUAACUUAAAUGUGUAUAUAAAUGCCAUGUUUUAGCUGCUUUUUUGUUUCAUUUCCAUCAAAUUGAAUUUUUUUGUAAGGUAAAAAGUACAGUAUUGUGAGAUGUUGCUGAUUGGAGCCUGGUGGUAUGUGUGGGUGUUAAGUCUAGUGGUUAUCUUGGGAGAGAUCCCUCCCUGCUUAUGAAGAGGCUUCAUUGAACUGCUGGACCAUUUGUAUCAAUAUACCCUGUUCACUCUCUGAGUGGAGGGGCCACGGGCUCCUAAAACACUGGAAAUAAAUCUUAUCAAUGGCUAAAAGGA